CGACGAUCUCAAAGCACGAGGAGACGAUGAAAAAAGUGAAAACGAUAGCUGCGACAGUGAGGAACAGCAGAUGGCGUUCGACCACAGGCAGACAGACAAGGACUAUGCGGGCCCGAAGGUGAAAGCGCGGCAACUGGCGGCGAAAAGCUAUUUGUCCGGUUUGAGGAGUCCGGAGAGGGGAUGGAGAAGACACGCGAAGGACACACUUGGUUUCUCGUUUUUACAGAACUUUCUGCAACCCUCGAAGAGCGCGCCAAGUUUGUUGCGCGCUGAGGACGAGC